AUUUCUCGAAAGAAAUUUCGGGCACCCACGAGAAUAGCCAUUAACAGAUUUGUGAUUUCUUUUCUUUUACGUUAACGAGCAUAUUAAACCCCCUGGAUAUUAUAUUUUACUAUUUACCAACAUAAUAUUUAUUAAUAAAUACAGAGAACCUUAAUAAUACCCACUACCGUUGACAUCCAUGACAUCUAUUUAGAUUUGUUGCGUAAUAUGGCAGUAAUGUAUACUUCUGUGGUGUAUGAUUUUGGUGAUGUGCACCACGAGCUGAACUGCGCUUUUAUUUAACAUUUCUUAAAUUGUCUUUAAAUCGUAUGGUGCUGUUAAACGUCAAAUAACGAAAGAAAAUGUCAGAAACUUACGACUUUCUUUUCAAAUUUCUUGUCAUUGGAAGUGCAGGUACAGGAAAAUCUUGUCUUCUGCACCAGUUCAUUGAAAGUAAAUUUAAAGCAGACUCCAACCAUACUAUAGGAGUAGAAUUUGGAUCAAAGGUAGUAAAUAUUGGUGGAAAGUCAGUGAAACUACAAAUCUGGGACACAGCUGGUCAAGAAAGAUUCAGAUCUGUUACCAGAAGUUAUUAUCGAGGGGCUGCGGGUGCCUUACUUGUGUAUGACAUAACAAGCCGUGAGUCAUACAAUUCCCUCUCUAAUUGGCUGGUUGAUGCUCGUACCCUCGCAAGUCCUAACAUUGCUGUUCUGCUUGUUGGAAACAAAAAAGAUUUAGAAGAAGAUAGAGAAGUUACAUUUUUGGAAGCUAGUAGAUUUGCUCAGGAAAAUGAGCUAAUGUUUCUGGAGACGAGUGCUCUUACUGGUGAAAAUGUUGAAGAAGCAUUUUUAAAAUGUUCUAAAACAAUUCUUGCAAAGAUAGAAGCUGGUGAACUGGAUCCUGAAAGAAUAGGUUCUGGGAUACAGUAUGGAGAUGCAUCUCUUCGUCGUCUUACUCGUCACCAACAGCGACAGCAAAGAGUUGCAGAUUGUUCUUGUUGAAGCAGAAUGAAUACAAUUUUCAUGAUUUUUUUAAUAAGCAGAACUCUAUACUACAAAAUAUAUUUAAGCAUAUGUUAUUUAUAAAAAAUAUAUUUUCUGUUCCCCCCCCCCCUCCAAUUUUGUUAAUUGGUAAAAGGAAAACAUUUUUUUUUCCAAGAGACAGAAAUUUAUAAACAUAUUUGCCUUUUCCAGUUCAGAUUUUUAAAGAGCUUUUUUCGUUUUUUUAAAUUUAAAUUUGUGUUACUCUGCUUCAUUAUUUUUUUCUUAGAACUGCAGAUAAGUAACUAAAAUGCAGUGGUGUUUAAUGUUUGCUUUUUGAAAUAAGUAAUAUUGUAUUAUGAUAUAAAUUAACUGACAAAAAUUAUUGUAAUUGAAAUGCUUUAUUCACUGUUAAGUAUGUUAGUUGCUUUACCUAAUGCUUGAAUUAAAAUCAUGCUAUGAUCAUCUUCAAGGAACUUAAUGUUUGAAAAACUUGGUCCAUUAAAUAUAUCAUAUAAUAAUAAUGAAACCAGCAAUAAAUGAUGUUUCAAGAUAGUUCAUUAAAUUUCAGUACAGUUCAUUUCUUUAUAGAGAGUUAUUUGAUUAUAUACAAAAUAAAAUUACUAUUUUUGUGUAAUUUAUUGCAUUUACUUUAAUCAGUCAUUCCUUUUAAUUUAGAACUGUAAGCAAACCUCCAAGGUACAGCAUUUAUGCUAUUUUUUUAAAAAAAUUAUUUGAGGAAUUUCAAAAACAUUCCCACAUCUCUUUGUAUUCUAAAAAUCAUGCUUUGUAUAUAAAUAUGCAGCUGCUUUUGUAUGUUAGAUGGGAGUGAGUUGUUUGAUUGUGUUAUUGCUUGAAUUAUAUUUUAUUUUUGUUCUAUUUAUUUAAAAAUGGUGAGUUCAAAGUAUGAAUAAUGUGACAAAAAUUGAUUUUCAGUUUUCCUUUUUCCUCCAAGUCUUUUGUGCCAGAAAUGUUGAAUAAAUAGUAGUUUUUAUAUUUUGUUUUUCCAUCAUUUUAAUAAAAAUUUGAAGAGUAAACUUAAAUUUAUGAAGUCCUUAAAUAAUGAAUUCAAAACGAAAAGUUUUGACAUCAUUAUUGUAUUUGUUAAGCUAGUUUGCUGAUUCUUCUAAGUUGUUUAUUACAUUUAUCAAUAUUAAAUUUGUUAAAGUUAGUAUUUAUUAAUAUUUUCUCUAAAAAUAGUGUAAAAUGUAUUUUGUAUUUUCCCAUAAAACCAUGAACUUUGGUGUAUUAUUUUAAGCAUAGUCAACAUAUUAUUUUAAGUUUAAAAUUCAUUCAAAAACUUUUCCCUUUUUUUUAAUCUGCUUUUAAAGAUUUCUUUUGAGUAAGUAGGCUUGAUCUAAAUUAAAAUCAUUUUCAAUGGUAAUAUUUGAUUGUUUUUGUUUUAUGUAUUUUUGUAUUUAUUGCAUUAACUAGCAAGCAUUUUAAUGUUCCUAUUGUUUUUUUGGAUUGUAUUUUUCAUGUAUAAAAUUAAUUCUAAAUUUUUUGUAUUGUACUACAUUACAUCAUUGAUGUCAAUAGACUGUAUAUUGAAGUUUCAUUAAAUGCAUAUGAAUGUAAUUUUCAAUCUGAGAUUUUACUGUUAAAAUUUCUGCAUGUGAAGUAUGUUUUGGAGUCUACUUUGGAAAAAAAAAAGUCCUUUCUCCCCUUUCCUGUUUAUGCCAUUUAAGUUUUUAAAUGUUAAAAUGGUAUUUGUUAUAUUAAAUUUGAAUAUCUGAGUAUUUCAUUCUAGUUACUGAUAAUAAAACUGUGAGCAUUUUAUUUUUAUUAAAAGUAAUACACUUUAUUGACGGCUGUCAUUUCUGUUAAUUAGCUGAGAAUAUAAAUAUCCAAUGCUUUUAAAAUAAUUCAAAAUUACAAUAGAUAACAUUCAAAAAUCAGCUUGAAAAAUUAUAUGCAGUCCGUUAUAGGAAAAUAAUAUAAAUAAAUGUAUAUAUUGUAAACAGGUAAGAAGCUGUAAAACUGUAUGCUGGGGAAAACACUACAUUUAAUCUUAAAAAAAAAUAUUUCUGAAGUAUUUGUCUCAGAUUUUAUAGCAAAUCUUGUUACUCUGUAGUAAUCUUGUAACUACUGUAUCAAUAUUUUGGCUGAAUACAUUAGAUUUAUAAUCUGUCCACAAUUAAUAAAAUAAUGAAGAAAAUGAGUGUAUUGUAACUAUUUAAUAAUUCUUUGCUGUGUAUUGUAAUAUAUUAUCAUCAUAGUGUAAAACUUGUAUGAAAUGGUAUAAAACAUUGUAUGAAAUGGCUAGUAGUAAUAGUUAUAGCAAAAAGUGCUUUUCACAAAUUAAUGAUGAAUUAUGCUAGUAUUAUGUAACACUGGCUUGAAAUUUUGUGGUUGUGGUCAUAUCUGCAUUUACUUAAAUUGAAGUCAAAUGUUGUUGCUGUAAUCCUGAAUUUAAAAAAAUGUAUAUAUGUAUUUUUAAAUAAAUUAUUACAUUUCUAAACUAA